AUGGCUCGCGGCUGCUGGGCGGUCCUUGCAGUGGCCCUGCUCCUUGCGCCCAGCGCGCUGGGUGCGUCCCUGAGGGCCGGCGGCCUGACCCAGGGCGCCGAAGGAGUGAUUCGACGCGAGCUGGGCGAGAAGGCCAACAUCUUUGCCACCGGCGGCCGCACGUCUGGCUUUGCCCCCUCUGACGGCGCCCCCAUCACCAACUUUGGCGGCUCGACCUCUUUCACCAGCGCCGGCGUGGGCUUCAACGGCGGCCUGACCACCAGCUUUGACAACUUCCGCAACCCCGUCGUCAACCAGGGCGGCUUUGGCCGGAUCUUCCGCCGCCUGGGCGAGCAGGGCGCCGCAGCUGCCAACUUUGGCCGCUCGACCUUUUUCAACCCGCUCUGCCAAGGCGGACCUGCGGGCCGCUCUGCGUUUUGCAACCUGGCCCUUCUCCUUGCGCCCGGCGCGCUGGGUGCGUCCCUCAAGGCCGGCGGCCUGACCCAGGGCGCCGAAGGAGUGAUUCGACGCGAGCUGGGCGAGAAGGCCAACAUCAUGGCCACCGGCGGCCGCACGGAUGGCUUUGCGCCCUCGGACGGCGCCGCCAUCACCAACUUUGGCGGCACCACCACCUUCACCAGCGCCGGCGUGGGCUUCAACGGCGGCACCACCACCAGCUUUGACAACUUCCGCAACCCCGUCACCUGCCUGCACAUGCCCGCCGGAUGA